UUUAAAUCAUUUUGAUCUAACAAUGCAUGCACGAAACGACUUGCUUGUCCGCUGUGGUGGCGGUGGCUACGGCGUCUGCGGCGACGAUGGUAGCUGCGGCGUCUGUAACAACAGCGAUGGCUACGGCGGCAGCGGCUACGGCAUCUGCGGUGGCAACGAUGGUGGCUGCGGCGUCUGUGUCGAUGGCGAUGGCUGCGGCGGCGGCGGCAGCGAUGGUGUUGCUGAAUAUAUUGUUCGUCUACUACACCAGUACUGUUACUAUUAUUCACACUGUUACCAUCAUUUACACCGUUCAAUACGAUUAGGUCGUUUAAAUUGUUGUACGACUGGUGCUGAGAACUGUGAUAAUGCAACUUAUGGGACACUUGUUGGAGAUGAUUGGAAGAUACUGCUGAUGUUGGAUAACGAGGACGUAUUGUACAUUACGUGGGAAUCGUGCUUGGAUCGAAUGCUGCAGCGGUCAGCCGGCGGGUGCCAGUGAUCCAAGUGACCAGACACUCGCUGGUGGCUGUUAACAUCGGACUUGUAUGCUGGCAGGAGUGAAGCCUUUGUUGCGUUUACAAGCGGGGUCGUUUACAGCUGGGAUAAAGUGAAGAAAUACACACAAGAAAACCAUCUGAGCGACAUCGGCAUACCAAUAUCACUUGCCUACCUCGUCCCUAUUCAAUGAGAUUUCGUGCCCAUUUGCCAUUGAACUUGCUCUUCUUGCAUGGCUCGUUGUGUGCAUAAGUAAAUUGUACUUAUAAUACUUAUAUUUAAUACAAUAUGUUAGGCUGGCAUGCAAAGCCAAUCGUGAGAAAAUCUUUCCGUAAGUGAACAAAAAAGUACAAUGUAAACAAAAUAGUUCACCU